AUGCCCAUGACCGACGAGACAGACCACAGUGGCGGGGUUAUCUUAGAUGGACCUUUUGAUCCAGAUGCCCAAGCCACUGUCACUGAUUACAUUGACUAUACCGAAUACCUUCCCGCCGACAUCAUCCGUUCCCUCACCCUCAUCCGCGGCUUGGAUGAUCGCUACCUCGAAUCGGCGCAAUCCGUACACGACCUGAGCAAGAGCUACGGCCACCUCCCUGAUGUCGCGUCUGACGAGCGUCCAAGCGCCAUUGAAAUGCGCAAGGCUAUUUCUUUACAACUGGACCGUGCCAUCAAUGCUCGCGAAUCUUCCUAUGCUGAAUCUUGCCGUCUUUACGAUGUCGUUGAUCGCCACUUCGACCGCUUAAGCUGCAUCCGUCAGAAGCUAGAUGCGCUCCCUAGACCUCCCUCUGAAGAACCGACUCCUCCUCCUCCUCCGGAGCCUACACCUAAACGUUCCCGCAAGAAGGAAAACACGUCUACUACACGAAUAACCCUCCGAUUAGACAACCGCAAGCGCAGUAGCAAUCAGAAGUCAAGAUCGCGUCGCCCAGGACUUACAGCCGAACAUUUGGCCAACUUCAAUCCGGAUUCCCCCAUCGAUAGUACCGAACAUUCUGAUGCUGAAGCUGAAGCUGAAGCUGAACCGCAACCUCCACGCAAGCCCGCCAAGCCUCCGAAGAAGGAGAGGGAGAAGGCACGACGACCUAGUUCCGGCAAUGGAUUUUCUAAUAGUAAUGCUCUUUCACUUCUCAAGCCACCCCCAGCAGAUGCCAAGGUUGGCAGCGAGGAUUUGCCAUGGCUGCGCCUGACGGAAUGGGAGAUGACCAAGUUGAGGAAGAAGAUGAAGAAGAAUGCCGUGUGGCAACCCAGCGAGGUGAUGAUUCAUCGCGAGCUUGCCCUUUCGGGUCGAGGAUGGGAAGCCUAUCGUGUGGCUAAGACUGCCGCAAUGGAGUCAGGAUCUGAAUUCAUCGACUGCGAUAACCUGGAGGAAACUCGCCAUGAUGAGAUGGUGAAGGACGCCGAGGAGACAAAGCUCAGCAACCGUGGUAUGAAGCUGAACGAAGCCAAGAAAUUGAAGCGCGAGUUAAUGGCACGAGAGGCCGAGGCCUUGCUCAAUGGAGAGACACCAGUUAAACCUGUUCCUAUUCCCGCCCAACCAACCCCAGCAAGUCGGUCCUCGCGGAAGAGAAAACGAGAGGAGAUUGCAGCUGAGGAGGUCAUUGAAGACCGAAAGGAAGAAGUCGCCAUAGAUCCUACGCCCGUGCCCUUGCCGGUGAAGGUGCCAUCAAAGUCUAGCUCGUCACGCCGCCGAUCCAGUCGGGGAGCCGCUACCGGUGGAUCGACAGAUGGAACUAGUGCUCCCAUCGCCCCGGUUUUGACCCGAGAAUCCCCCGCGGUUGAAGAAAAGGCAUCUCCACCUCCUCCACCAUCUCCAACUGGCUCGCGACGAUCAAUACGGUCGAUCGUACAGCCUGCUGGUACCCCAACUCCUCCCGUCACACGACCCUCGUCGAGACGAUCAGCCGCCGCUUCAAUCGAACUAGGAGCUCUGGGAGGAAUAUCUGCUAGUGCUACAGUCGGUGGGCGAGAUUUUCGCAUUAAGAGUGCCACCCCCGCCCGAAAAACACCCGUUCGAGAACCGUCCCAUGCACCAAGUGUUCCUGCCCCCGUCCGACGGCGCAAGCGUCCGGCACCUGGCCCUGUUUCCACCGGUCAAGAUGGCGGUGCAGCUGUUAGUUACGGUCGUCGCAAGGCCAAGCCAGGCAAGAAACGUAUCAGUACUGGGAAAUCCCAAGAAACUCGUGUCGAUGAAGAUGGUGUUCUAGAAGAAAUAGACUCCAAUGAGCCACGUUAUUGUCUAUGCGGCGAUGUCAGCUUUGGUACUAUGAUCUGUUGCGAAAACCAAGAUUGCGAUCGCGAAUGGUUCCAUCUCGACUGUGUCGGCCUUUCGGAGGUCCCCUCCCGUACCGCGAAGUGGUACUGUCCCGAGUGCCGGGUGAGAUUUCAUAAGGGUCCGGAUGGCAUCGUCAAAGGCGGAAGACGAUGA